AUGGCCAUCUUUCGUUCCUCCUCAAAAUUUCUACUUCUGCUGCAUUUCUCCGUCUUUAUCAUCUCUAUCACAACUCAACCACUUCCUAGCCCAAGUGCCAACUUCUCAUGCUCUGCCAACUCACGGACAUCAUGCCCAGCAUACGUCGCCUACAUCGCGCAAGAACCCGAAUUCACUGAUCUCGGAAGCAUCUCCAACCUGUUUGGUGUCAGCCGUUCAUCCAUCUUGCAGGCGAGCAACCUGGCUUCUGAAGAUGACCCUUUGUACCCCAGCCAGCUUUUGCUCAUACCGAUCACAUGCGGCUGCAGUGGUGACAGUUUCUUCGCCAACAUAACGUAUCAGAUCAAGAAAAAUGACAAUUACUUCCUGGUCUCAAUGAAAGUGUUUGAGAACCUCACGAACUGGCAAGUCCACAAGGACAUGAACCCAGGGAUCAAUCCAAAUAUCCUGCAGAUUGGAACCAAAGUCACUAUUCCUCUCUACUGUAAGUGCCCCGAAAAAGCAGAUUCCGAGGCAGGCUUCAACUUUAUUGUUACUUAUGUAUGGCAACCUGGAGAUGCCCUCUUAUCAGUGGCCAAAAAGUUCGGCGCGAUGCCUAGCAAUAUAGUUAAGGAAAACAACGGAAUGAAUCUUACCGCACCUGUUGGUCUUCAUGUCCUCAUACCACUAUCACAAUUGCCAGCUCUUUCUCAACCACUGAAUCCUCCUCUGAAGAGAAAAGAAUCCAAUCAUGAGUGGAUUAAAGUUUUAAGCAGUGUAGCAGCUGCUAUAUUGGUCAUCGGGGUAGCAUUUUCACUAGUCUAUGUUUGCCAUUUACGUGGGAAAGCGAACCCAAAGAUCCUGAAUCAGAAUGCUUCCUGUUGGGGUGACAGAAAUCUCAUCAAAACUAGGGAGUUAUCAAAAGAAGGGAAAUCGGAGUCAUCCAAGACAAAGGUCGUUCAAGAUAAGUUACUUUUCAGCGUUUCGGACUACUUGAGCAAGCCAAUCGUGUAUGGGGCUGGAGAGAUCAUGGAGGCAACAAUGAAUCUUGAUGAGAAUUCUAGGAUCGGGGGCUCAGUGUUCCAUGGCACAAUCGACGGGAAAGUUUUCGCUGUGAAAACAGAAACUAAGGGCAAAAACUUGGAGGAGUUAAAGAUUCUACAGAGAGUUAACCACGUGAAUCUGAUAAAGCUAAUAGGUGUUUCGUCAGAUGCAAGCGGCAACUUGUUUAUGGUAUAUGAAUAUGCUGAAAACAGUUCGCUCGAUAAGUGGCUGUACCAGAGGCCUUCGUCCUCAGUAAAGUCUGUCAACUUCCUCACUUGGAUUCAGAGAUUGGGCAUUGCACUUGAUGUUGCCAAUGGUCUCCAAUACCUGCAUGAGCAUACUCAACCGAGAAUCGUCCACGGAGAUAUCAGAGCGAGCAACAUACUUCUGGACUCCAAUUUCAAGGCCAAAAUAUCAAACUUCUCCAAGGCCAGACCAGCUACAAGUGCUGUAAUGUUGAAUGUUGAUAUUCACGCUUUUGGGUUACGUUUGCUUGAGUUACUUUCGGGGAAGCGGGCCAUGGCCGUGAGAGAAGUCGUGGAGAUCUUGGAAGCAAAAGAGAAUAGAGAGGAGAGGUUGAUGGAAUGGAUGGAUCCUGAUUUGGAGAGCUUUUAUCCGAUUCAUGACGCGCUGAGCCUAGCAACCUUGGCCUGUGCGUGCACAGUAGAUGAAUCUUCUGCGAGGCCAGGCAUGACGGAGAUUGCAUUUAAUCUCUGCAUGCUUGCUCAGUCAUCUUCAGUGGCAUUGGAAAGGUCUUAG